AUGAAAGAAGCAAGCAAUCAAAGAAGCAAACAAUCAAAGAAGCAAGCAAUCAAAAAAGCAAACAAUCAAAGAAGCAAGCAAUCAAAAAAGCAAACAAUCAAAGAAGCAAGCAAUCAAAAAAGCAAACAAUCAAAGAAGCAAGCAAUCAAAAAAGCAAGCAAUCAAAAAAGCAAACAAUCAAAGAAGCAAGCAAUCAAAAAAGCAAACAAUCAAAGAAGCAAGCAAUCAAAAAAGCAAACAAUCAAAGCAGCAAACAAUGAAAGAAGCAAGCAAUCAAAGAAGCAAACAAUCAAAGCAGCAAACAAUCAAAGAAGCAAACAAUCAAAGCAGCAAACAAUCAAAGAAGCAAGCAAUCAAAAAAGCAAACAAUCAAAGAAGCAAACAAUCAAAGAAGCAAACAAUCAAAGAAGCAAACAAUCAAAGCAGCAAACAAUCAAAGAAGCAAGCAAUCAAAAAAGCAAACAAUCAAAGCAGCAAACAAUGAAAGAAGCAAGCAAUCAAAGAAGCAAACAAUCAAAGCAGCAAACAAUCAAAGAAGCAAACAAUCAAAGCAGCAAACAAUCAAAGAAGCAAACAAUCAAAGAAGCAAGCAAUCAAAGCAGCAAACAAUCAAAGAAGCAAACAAUCAAAGCAGCAAACAAUCAAAGAAGCAAACAAUCAAAGCAGCAAACAAUCAAAGAAGCAAACAAUCAAAGAAGCAAGCAAUCAAAGCAGCAAACAAUCAAAGAAGCAAACAAUCAAAGCAGCAAACAAUCAAAGAAGCAAACAAUCAAAGAAGCAAACAAUCAAAGCAGCAAACAAUCAAAGCAGCAAACAAUCAAAGAAGCAAACAAUCAAAGAAGCAAGCAAUCAAAGCAGCAAACAAUCAAAGAAGCAAGCAAUCAAAGCAGCAAACAAUCAAAGAAGCAAGCAAUCAAAGCAGCAAACAAUCAAAGCAGCAAACAAUCAAAGAAGCAAACAAUCAAAGCAGCAAACAAUCAAAGCAGCAAACAAUCAAAGCAGCAAACAAUCAAAGAAGCAAACAAUCAAAGCAGCAAACAAUCAAAGGAGCAAACCAAAAACAAAGGGAUUAAACAUUCAAGGAAAUAA